UGAGAAACGGUUGGUCGGUCGGUCGCUAAUGUCUGCAACACCCGGUGUUUGAGUUGUGGGAUGGAGUUUCGUUGACUGACAGCAACGCUACGUGAAAUUUAUAUUUAGUGUCUCUGUCUACUAACGCAGCGAUAUCUAUCGGCAACAUGGCGGAUAUUAUUGUCAUCAGGGUACAAUCCCCAGAUGGGAUGAAGAAAAUUGCUUCUACCAAGAGGGAGACAGCUGCUGCUUUUUUAAAGAAGGUGGGCAAAGAGUUCGGGUUCAAUUCCAACGGGUUUACCGUCUACCUGAACCGCAACAAGACCGAAGAGAUCCUCUCCCAGAACAAAAGUAUGAGCCUGCUCAAGAUCAAGCAUGGCGACAUGCUGUAUCUGGUCCCUUCAGCAUCCUCUUCCUCCUCUGGGGAGGUCAUGGACACUGCCACCCCGCACUCCUCUUCAUCCCUACCGUCUGUCUCAUCCUCUUCUUCGUUCUCUUCUUCUUCUUCUUCUUCGUCCUCCAUGAUCCCCCGGUCCUUCUCAGCGCCCCAGGUCCAGGAGGAUGAGAUCGAUCAGUAUCUGACCAAGCAAGACGGAAAGAUCUACAGAAACAAAGAUCCACAGCUAUGUCACCAUGGUUCCCUUGGAAAAUGUGUGCACUGUGUACCGUUAGAGCCUUUUGACGAAGACUACCUGAAUCACCUCGACCCUCCAGUGAAGCACAUGUCAUUCCACGCGUACCUUCGGAAGCUGACCGGUGGAGCUGAUAAAGGGAAGUUUGCAGCUCUGGAGAACAUCAGCUGUAAGAUCAAGUCGGGCUGUGAGGGACACCCUCCCUGGCCGGAGGGGAUCUGCACCAAGUGCCAGCCCAGUGCCCUCACACUGAACAGACAGAAAUACAGACACGUGGACAACAUCAUGUUUGAGAACCACACCAUCGCCGACCGCUUUCUGGACUUCUGGAGGAAGACGGGCAGUCAGAGGAUGGGCUACCUGUACGGCCGCUACACCGAGCACAAAGACAUCCCGCUGGGCAUCAGAGCCGAGGUGGCCGCCAUCUACGAGCCGCCACAGAAUGCGACUCAGAACAGCCUGGAGCUGGUGGAGGAUCCUAAAGCUGCUGCUGUGGACGAAAUCGCUGCCAAACUGGGCCUGUGCAAGGUGGGCUGGAUCUUCACUGACCUGCUGUCUGAGGACACGAGGAUAGGAACAGUCCGCUUCGUGAGGAACCAUGAGUCUCACUACCUGAGUGCGGAGGAGUGCAUCACAGCCGGAUACUUCCAGAAUCUACACUCAAACUCUUGCAGACUCUCUCGGGACGGCCAUUUUGGCUCUAAAUUUGUGACCGUGGUGGCGACAGGUGGUCCAGACAACCAGGUGCACUUUGAGGGAUACCAGGUGUCCAAUCAGUGCAUGGCUUUGGUGAAAGACGAGUGCUUACUGCCCUGCAAAGACGCUCCGGAGCUGGGCUUCGCUAAAGAGUCCUGCUCGGAGCAGUACGUCCCAGACGUCUUCUACAAGGACAAAGACAAGUUUGGGAAUGAUGUCACGUUUCUAGCUCGGCCUCUUCCUGUGGAGUACCUCAUCAUAGAUAUAACUACCACUUUUCCAAAGGACCCCCAGUACACCUUCUGCUCCACACAACGCUUCCCCAUCGAGAACCGAGAUAUCCUGAGAGAGACGCAAGACUUCCACAGUUUAGCUACAUACCUGUCUCAGUGCACCUCCACGGCAUUCCUGGACAUCGUGUCGGACUUCCAUCUGCUCCUCUUCCUCGUCACCAAUGAAGUCAUGCCUCUGAGAGACAGCAUCGGGUUGCUACUAGACGCAGUGAGGACUUCUAAUGAAGAUCUGGCUCAGACCUGGAAGAAGUCUGAGCAGUGGGCCACCAUCGAGCAGCUGUGCAGCACCGUGGGCGGGCAGCCCUCCAGCUCUCAGGGUUACGGAGCCAUGGGGGGCCCCUCGGUCCCGGCCUCGUCCUCCGCCAUGUGGUCCUGCCUCCACUGCACCUUCAUGAACCAGCCCGGCACGGAGCUCUGUGAGAUGUGCAGCCUGCCCCACGGUUAAAAAGAAAAAAAAGAAAAGAACCCUGAUCUUUAUGCCCCGCCCCCUCCUCGUAACUCGCCAGUGACAUCAUCGCUGCACCAGGACCAGCUGCGAGAUUCGGACCCCCCCCACCCCCCCCUGUUUUUGUUUUCUUCGGCCUCCCGUUGGAGCGUCUGUCCACAGGAUGCACUCGUUUACAUCGAAUUCAUCAAGUAAAUCAGAUAAAAACCAGACUGUGUUUCUUUUGUAUCCCUCCUCACAGCGCCGCAGCUCGUUAAGGUAACCCCCCCCACCUGAAUAAUCAGCCCCCCUCACAUGAAUCCUGGAGUGUUUGGCUCUCUCACAUCGGAGCCCCUCUCACUCUCACACCGUCUUACGGAUAAAUCUCGCUGUGUAUGAAUACAUUUGAGGAAUGAUACUGUUAUUUAAUUCAGCUUUUCUGUAGUUUUUUAUCAGAUUGUUGUAGCUUUACAUUUAGAAUCUUCAGCAUGGACUCUGCCACUUGGUCAGGUCUUUAUAGGUCCUGGUCUCUGACAAGCCCCUAAAAGUACAAUCAUCACCAAACUCUGACCUGAAAGCUCUUUGAAGAGCUGCAGAGUGAUUCCACCGACGUAGAAGUUUAUAUUUAAAGUCCCGGAGCUGGAACACAAACAGCUGUUCAGCCCUCACUCGUCCUCCAGCGGUGAGUGAUGACUCCUAAACAUUUCCUGCUGGUUUGUUGGAAUUGUAGCCUUUUGGGAUUUUGUGGUUUGAACUCGAGCAGGUCCAAUAUGUAGCUUAUGUUCUCAGCUGUACUGUAUGUUCCGUCUCUGAUAAAACGACAUCAUCAUCACUGACUCACUGUUUUAGCCGCGAGGUGCUUCUAGAAACAGCCGGUGCUCUUCGUCCUCUGCUGAUGUGGCCCCUCGGGGUCUCUCCAUCGCUCGGCCCUCAAAGACUCUGCUGCUCCAGAGGGUCACCAUGGGGAGGAAAAGAUGGCCGACACGGAGUCUAAAACAAUGUGAAGAGCACUGAACGCUCCUCGAUGGCAUUCAAAAUAGCAAACUUCACUCAAAGACUCAUUUCACCCACAAUUACAAUUAAAACACAAACGUUUUCUCACUUCCCUCUAGUUGUGUUUAGCUGAACAGACAGUUAUAAGGUCUGAGAUUGAUGGAGGUGAAUGGACAUUGAAAUGUGCUUCAUUGGCAGAACGUUCUCCAUAGAACCCACUCGUGGUGAGAGGGGAAAUGUUUUUGUUCUCAUUAGUUUCAGUGAUUGAACACGUACCUCAGUCAGCAGCAGACGUAUCGGGAUGGGUGGAUGGAGAACGAGAGUCAAGGGCCUUCAUCUCUGGUUGCACGACGUUGACGCUCGUCACGUUCCUGACAUUUACCCGUUGAGCAGAAUCAAACGCACUGAUGCUGUGUAGGAAGGUAAAGAUAACAUGAGGAGCCAGUGUGGGUUUGAAGCUGACAGAUUUGACCCUAAUUUUACUAGAAGGAUGUUGAAACUGGCAGGAAAGCCGAGUGACUCUAAAUACAUACUGUCCGUCGGGCCUCUUCAGUUAAGAGGAGUCGUUUAUCUAAACCAUCUAUGAGCUUGACAGUGAUUCCAUUGAUGACGUGAGAAUAUAUUUUUAGUUGUAGGUUCAUUUAAAACUGCUUGUUUUUGUUUUUUCUCGGUGAUAUGAUUCUUUCCUCCGUGUUGAGUUCUCGAGAGCGUUUUAUCGGAUUCUAUCGGAGCUACAGCCGGACGCUCGCUGAGGAGUCUGGACGUUGUUGACCUGGAUUUGAGACAAAAUAAUAAUAAUAAAAAAAACAAAGAGUUGUUAUUGCAGAUAAUCUUGUUUGAUUUGUCUACCAAAUAGACCAGAAAGUACGUACUUAGAGUACUUAUUUGUUGUACAUUUAGGAGACUAAUAAACAACAAAUGAGAACUGAAAGAUUAUAAAACACUUUUAUGUUUAGUGGGAACCAUAACACCAAAGUAUUUAGACGCUCUAUCACUUUUAUUUCAGGGCAGUUUUCACAGUUUGGACAACACGGGACAUUUUGAAGGGGACAUCCAAUGCUCAUUUUUAGAUCCAUAGUUGUAUUUCUUGUUUCUACUCGAACAUGUUUACAUGCUGUAAUGUUCUUAAAACACAUUAUUGUUCUCAUGCCGUCUGUCUGAUUACACCGUUAUUCACAGUCUGUCGGGAACGCUUCGUUUUAGCGCCUGUCUCUUUAAGAGCCCCUCCAGAAAGAGCCCAGUCUGCUCUGAUUGGCUCGUGAAAAAAUACAUGGCGCACCUUUGCAAAGGUAGUUCUCGACUUACUUUUUCACCAUCUUCCCCAAACCGUCCCAGAAUGCAACUUGAGCAUCAAAGUGGACUGUCCCGAAAUGUAUAAUCUUAGUUAAAAUCAUUCAGUGAUCUUUAAGGUUUAGGUUUAUUUUUGUUCAUAAUUUAUUCAAAACAUUAUUUUUAUUUGAAGAAUUCAUUUUAUUGCUUUUGAUGGAUGGACGUCACGAUAUUUUUGGUUGUAAUUGGUCGGUACAAGCUUACAUAAGCACGACAUAUUUAGUUUUUCAAGAAGAAAAGUUGUAUAAAAAUACGAAUGAGAUUUUCUUUCGGUUAGGACCGAAGAUUUGAUCUAAAAUAAUUUUAAAGUAUUUUUUUCCCGUUUAAUCUCGACUUUAAAUGAACUCAAACCAAGUUUUACUUCUUUUUUUUUUUUUUUUUUUACUCCAACUUCUUGUUAUUUAUGAGCCUACAAAUAUACCUCCAGAUAAAUAUGCAACUAGCUAAUGUUGACUGAGUGUCCAUAAGCCUUCUAGUAAAGCGGGGCUUCUAGUCUCCAGGUUU